CAAAUGUGUAAGUUAGCUCAUGUUUCUUCUCAUUGUUCUAGCAGCUUUGUUGCAGUGUCGGUUUCGGUGUUUUGGAGUUAUGUUGAAAGUUGGAAAGCAUGUUUGUGUUACUUGUACAUGCCGUCGUGCGAUAAAGCUACUUUUUUCAGGGUCUGAACGUAGAAGGUUGUCAUCCUUGGCAUGUGGCUGUGACAGAUAAACGAGAAACAACAUUCCUGCCUCAUUCCAUCUUUUUAAAUUAUUUGACCAGUUAUGGAAGUACCAGAAAAAAAUAGCAAUUUUCACAUUGAAGACCACCAUUCUCCACCAUCUUUAAAUGAAAGUGAAGAAGAUUAUUUGAGAACAACAUGGGGAAAGCUUGGUGUUGGACAAGAUGGCUAUCUAGAUCAAUCUCAACUAGCACUCGUGUGUGAAUGUAUCGGAAUGGAGAAACUGUCAGAUGAGGUUAUUGCACAGCUCUUUGACAAACUUGACCUCGACCACGAUGGUCGUAUUAGCUUUGGCGAAUUUCUGCAUCUUUUCCAAAAUGUGAGACCGGGGAAAGGGGAUGGACCUCUAGAAUCCGAAAACUAUGAGCCAAACAACUGGGAGAUUGGAUCUACGAAUCGGAAUAACGGGUCGCUGGUGCGUUCCGAACUGCUCAUGAUGCCCUCUCAGUCAACCAUGGCUCUAUUUUCCAAUAUUGAUCCAGCUGGUACAGGAUUUGCAACUUACGAUGCCACGGUCGAGUGCCUCCGUUCCCUGGGCGUCGUUCAUGCGUCGUCCCUCCUGGAUGCUCUCAGUUUCCGCCAUCAUCCGUCCAAAAGACUUUGCCUUCGCGAACUCGUCUGCGCCCUCCAAGAAGAAAUGAAUGCUGGAUUGGAGAAUGGUUUGCUGGCCAACAGUGGACCAAGUGGCGCUGCUUUGCACGCGGGAGUUCUACUCAUACAACACGAGCUUUCCGCCGUUCGACUGACGGUAGAACACGCCAGCCGCGAGUGUGAAAAACUCCGCAGCGACUUACAAGAGGCUAACCAGCGGUCGUCGUUGCUGGCCCAGGAGGUGGACGAGAACCACGCCAAACAGGAGACGAUCCGACGGACACAAUUCAAGCAGUUGGAACAGCGACACGCCGAUCAGCUGCGUCUGGUUCAGGAAGUCGCUCAGGCCGAUCGCGAUCAGCUGGUGAGUCAGCUCCAGAGAGAGCUGGAUAAACGGCAACAGCAGCUGUCGCAGUCCAAGGAAGAGGAAGCACGGCUCAAGGAGUCGAUGCAAACCAUGAGCGAGGAUAACGCGAGACUGUCCGCCGAAAACGCCAAUCUGACAGAAAAACUUGCUAGUUCCGAAAGGGCCAACGGUCGUCUCAUCCAGGAGCUGGACGGUGUUUCUCUCAUGGCCGAAUUAGAGUCACGCUGCGAAGCCUUGGAAGAGAGCCAGCGACAUUCCCUCACCGAACAGUUGAACCGCAUGUCGGCCGAAAAUCUUCAACUGCGGGACCGGACGGACGAACUCUCAGCUGAAAUCGAAUUACUCAGAGGACAGUUGGCAGCCGCAAGGACCGAGUGUGUCGGAUUAGGUCCAGCUUGGCGUUCAGAGCCGACAAUGUCUGGUGCUGUGAAACGUCGCAACGGCGAAGAGGAGGAAUUGGGAAUGGAAGAUCAUGUGGGCAAAGUCCGCAAGAAGGAGGCGGGAACGGGACACUGCAGUUCAGAGGAAUCGCCUCGUCCAUUAUCUGACAAUCAAAAUGGAUGGAAAGAGGGGGCAAACAAUGUGAAUAACGAUCAGAGCUUGGCAGCCCAGUUGCAAGAAGUCAAGCAUCAAACGUCGUCCGGGCCUGUCGUUAACGCUGGUGGAUCUACCAUUAAAGAACAGCUGAAACGUGUCUUUGAAAAAUUGCGUCUCCAAAUAGUCGAAGAAUUCUUAGAGGGCAACGAUAGUGUGGCUACUCUCCAGAAUCAGUAUCGCAACGUAUUGGUUCAACAAGAGGAGCGACACGCCGAGGAGAAACGUAGUUUAAUCGAGUCACACCUGCUCAAGCUGUCCGCACUGGAAGCUCAAUUAGCCGAAACGCAAAUUCGAAACGAAGAUCUAGUCCAACUCCAAACAGUCAUGGAAGCUGAACACGAAAUGGAAUUGAAGGAGGUGCGCCAGCAGCUCAAACGCGUCCAUUCCAAGGACUCCAAACAGGAAGAAUACCUGCACGUACAGCCAGAACUAACCCCUCUGUUUCAACUACUACGGGAAAACUUGACCGAGGCCCUGGCCGACUUGGACGCCGCUCUGGAGAAAGAAUUGAGCCGUGACUCUGAACACGACUCGGCUCUGCAGUCGGAAGAGAGUUCGACAAAAGUCGAAGAACUGGAGAAACAGUGCAAAACGUUGGAAAACGAACUCGAUUCCGUUAAAGUUGAAAUUGUAAAGAUAUUGAUCGACAACGAGGAGCUCCGCCUAAAAGUGAGACGACAACAGGAAGAAAUGGAGAAAGAACUAAAAGAGUCGGAAGAGCGGAUGGAAGAAAAAGUCGAGUUUGAAACAGCGUUACUUCAACAGCGGAUAAAGCAGCUCGUUCGUGAUCUCGAAGAUGAGAAACAGAGAAAUCAGGUUGAGAAAAAUGCAUUAGAGGAAGAUCGACGUGAUUUAGAGUCCCGAUUGGAUAUGCUCCGGACGGAAUUCGAUCGACUUGAUGACUACUGGCAGUCAAAGUUAGACGAGGAACGAGAAAUCUACGAUCAAGAACGGGAUUCGACGGAUGAAAAGUUCCGAUCACUCGAGAUGAAAAUCAAAGAAUACGAGGAGCUUCUCGGACAAGGUGAUACAUCAAGCACGAGUAGCCUUUCGACUAUAGAAGAACGGGCCAACUGGGAAAAGCAGCUGAAUGAUUUAGAGGAAGAAAGCGAAGCUCAAAUCAAACAAAUUGCGCAGCUCGAAGCGCAGCUAGAACAAAUGCAGAAAGAAAAAGAUCUAGAAACGAUCAGAUCCCGACAAGAAAUCGAUCAGUUGACGGCCGAUCUUCAAUCGACGAAAUUGCAAUUAGCCGAAGCGAUUGAACGAGAAGAAAAAUUGAUAAUUAAAUUGGAAAAUGUGCGUGAAUUGCUGCCUGCGUCCAAGUCACCUCCGAGUCCUCAUUCAAAUCGACCUCUAUCACCGACACCGAAGCCCGGUAUCCUACCCCCUGGCUACUCCCCGUUGAAAAGUAAAGGCUGGGCCAAAAGUCAACGAUCACCUGCCUCUCUUUCACCUUGCAAGUCUUUCGAGUCAACUAUAGAUGGCGUAGACGGUAGACAGUUGAGGAGAUCUCCAUCACUAAACAGCGGAACAUCUGAGCCUCACCGAGCUUCACGUGUCGAUAUAAGCGUUUUUCAAUCUCUCAACUGUCGUUUGAAGCAGCAAGAGCAGCGUUGCAGGGAACUCUACUAUGCCCUGCAGUGCCAAAAACUUCGUACAGAACAAAUCUUGUUUGAUACCAAGGCUCAACACCAUGCGGAGAUAACUACCCUGGAGACGAUGAUGAAGACAUCUGAAGAUGCAUUACGUCAGAUGUCGCUUCAACAUAAACAAACGAUGGACAAGUUGGCUUCAUCCGACAUGCUAAUCAUGGAGCUUUACACGGAAAACUCUCAACUGUUGCAAGCGCUGCAUUUGCAAAACCUGUCCCACAGCACGGCAUCUGGACUGUCUAUGUGAUUUUAUCUGUUUUUAUCGAACGACUGCAAAUUCCGAUUUCAUCACAUCAUCUUUCGUCUUCAGUGUAUUUGCGAAACCCAGAUUGUGAUCAAAAUUCUCAGAAAACUCUUUGGAAAUUUUGAAUGAUGAACUUUGUAUCGAAUCGUACUUUUUUUUAAAGCUAUUUACGACCUACAAAAUCCUAUUUCUCACCAUAAUUUAAUUCAAGAUCACAGAAAUUGCUCACUAUCUCCAUUGUAAUUACAGCCCUGUACCGCUCGUCAAUUUCUUUUAAUCAAAGGCAACUCUUUUUUUUUUAAUAUCGAAAGUGCACAAUUAAUAAUGCGAUUUUUUUUUACAAAUAUAAAUAAAUGAAUAAAAA